AUGUCUCACGAGGUGGAGCUCACGGCCUUCCAGCGGAAGCUCUACAAGGCGGUUCAGGAGGCCUACGAGAGGGAUCGGGCACAGCUGGAUCGCUCAGCUGCCUCCUACAAGCUCGCACGAAGCGGAGCUAUCUUCAAGAUGCUGCAGGGGCUGAGGGAAAUCUGCAACCAUCCCGCAUGUCUCGACAAGAAGCGGCGACCGUCCGACGUCGCGGCUGCAGACUACCCGGCCGCAGAGAAAGAGAAGGCCAGUGGCAAGAGCGAGAAGCUCCACGAACUGUUAGAGGAGACCAUCUUCCCAAACAAUGAGAAGGUGCUCAUCUUCUGCACCUCGCUUUCGGCGAUUGACGUCUUGUCUAAGCAGAUUCAGCGGCGCUUCAACACCCAGCCGCUCGUCUUGCAGGGCGACGUCUCGCAGAAGCAGAGGGACGCCUUGGUCCAACAAUUUCAAACCGACGAUCGCUGUACAGUUCUGCUCUCGAGCGGGGUCGGCGGCACGGGACUGACUUUGACUGCGGCCACGCACGUGGUGCACUAUGACCGAUGUUACAACCCCGCCAAAGAAGCGCAGUGCACUGACCGUGCACAUCGCAUCGGUCAGCACCGGACGGUGACUGUGCACACUUUGACCAGCCAGGACAGCUUCGAGGCACGAUUGGACGAGAUCAUGCAGCAUCCCGGCCAUGCAGAUCAGAGCAUCUCCGACUUCAGGCCCGGGUCAAAAAUGCGCUACGCCCCAUCCCGCUGCCGCUCAAACUUCGAG